UAAAAGAUAGCUACGAAUAAUAAAAAUCCCUAGUAUGCGAGUCUUUAAAGUUAAUUACCUAGGUACUUCCUGUACAAUACCUAAACUUCACCCUCGCCUCGCAAAAUAUUCAAAACUUCCAAAAAAGCAGCGCAAAGCGCAGCCAUGCCGUCAUCUACACAAUCGCACGCACGCUCUCACGCGCUGCUCCUCCUGCAGAAGCUGCUUAACCUACGGGACAGCGCCAGCCCUCUAACCCUAAUCCUCGACACCCUAGAGCAGAGCGCAGCGCCCGUAGUUCACGAGUUCCUCAGCAGAGCCAAGAUCUCCAAAAGCAAAACAAUCUACCUAUCCUCCUCCCUCCUCCGUAAACCCCCCCACGUCGACGUAUUCAUCAAGUCCUGGGGCGGCAAGACCCCCGACGCCCUCCGCGCCGAAAUAUCCUCACACUACCCAUCCCCCUCCCUAUCCCCAUCCUCACCCUCACCCUCAACCUCCCCCUCACCCUCAUCAUCAAACUACAAAACCGUCGUAAUGAUCGACGCCCUCAACCCCAUCGCCCAGGCCGCCGGCACCCACCUCUCCGCCUUCCUCGCGGGCCUCGUCGCCCCCGGCGUCUCCCUCGUAGCCGUCUUCCACGCCGACCUACCCUUCGUCCUUUAUCCUUCCCCGUUCCCUUUCCCUUGUUCUUCUUCUUCUUCUUCUUCCCCUUCUUCUUGUUUUUUAAACGAGUACGAACCCCACCCCCUCACCACCCUGUGCCACCUCGCCACCGCCGUCCUGCGCGUCGCGAACUUGCCCCACGCCCUCGAGCGCCGCCGCGCGCGCAACCGCUGCCUGCCGGAGCCCGAGUGGGGGCUGGCCGAGGGCCGGGAGGGCGUGCUGGUCGGGCUCGGCGGCGGCGGCGGCGGCGGUGGUGGCGGCGCAGAGAAGCGUGCUGGAGCCGGUGGUAGCGAGGGCCUGGUAUUAGAAAUGGAAUUGAGGCGGCGAAGUGGACGCGCCGUUUCCGAAAAGUUCGUCCUGGUGGCGGGGUCAGGGUCAGGGUCAGGGUCAGGGCAGAAGACGACUUCGAAGCUGUAUCUACUGUCGGACCACCCCGCAUUCAGGGACCCCAGCGACGGAGAGGGGGACGGGGGCGAGGCAGAGAGAGAAGGAGAAGGAGAAGGAGGAGGGGAAGGGGAGAUGCAGACUACGUUUAAUCUAGGGUUGACGGAGAAGCAGCGCAGGGACAGGGAGGGCAUAGUCCUGCCGUACUUCGACGCGCAGACGGACAUCGGCGCGGGCGAAGGCGGGCGCAUCCUGUACGAGAUGGGGCGGGAAGACGACUUUGACGACGAGGAAGAUGAAAUAUGACAUGAAAUCACACUUUCUGCAAUUAAAGCUCGUUAAAAAAAGGUGCCAAAAGCUUUUCUUUCUUUUCUUCCUUGGCUUGCUUGCUUCGUGAUUUGUUGUCGUCUAUUGAUAUACAUUCAUAUGAUGCUGCAACAAUAGCACCU